CCACCUCCCACUACUUCGGUAUUUUCAUUGUCGAAUUGCUGUCGAUAGUAGUGGGGAACAAAGUACGGGAAUAUAGAGGUUGUCGAUGAUUCCGGUGGACGUGCGACGAGUGGGAUUGUAACACUGAUCAUAACCUAUCACCACCAUUCUUGUACUCAAUUUAGCUGUUGAUCAUGAACUGUCGUUUAAGUUUUCUAACUUAUAACAGGUGCAGAAAUAUUUUGCUUGAAGAAAGCAGAAGAUAUGCGGGUCAUAGUAAAUGGCAAAAUAUUAGACAUACUAAAGCGGCUAUAGAUGCUGCAAGAUCUAUGGAGUUCAAAACAAUAAUCACUAAGAUGAAAAUUGCUGUACAAGAGACCGGAAUUUCUGAUCCGUCUAAAAAUGUAAGAUUAGCACAACUUGUUGAACAAGCUAAAAAAGCAAAUAUGCCUUCAACAACAUUGAAUACAUUUUUUGAAAAAUUAAAAAUCUCCAAACAAAAUGUUAAAAAGGAAUUACUACUGAUUCGUUGUCCUGGUGGAUCCAUAUUAGUUUUACACAUUUUAACAGAUAAUCUAACGAAAGUGAAACUAGAAAUAUGUUCAAAACUGAAGAGACAUAAUGCUAAGCUUCUAGAAAAUACCGCAUUAAGGAUUUUUGACACUGCAAGCUACAUUACAACUACAAAACAAGGUGGUACUGUAGACGAAGCAAUAGAAGAUGCAAUAAAGGUAAAUGCACAAGAUGUAGAAGAAAUAAAAGAGGAAGAUGAAACAUUUUUCCAGUUUAAAUAUGACUUUGGUAAUGCCACAGGAGGCGCAUUACAAUUAUCUAACCUGGGGUAUUCUGUAAUUGACACAGAGGAUCUAUGUAUACCUGAGAAUACAGUUGAAUUGAAUGAAGAUGACUUAAGUAAUUGUAAUAAACUCAAAGAAAAACUUUUAGCCAUUCUAGAGGUUGAAAAAAUAGAUGAUAAUCUAUUAGAAUCUUGAAUUUUAGUAGAAUCCUUUGGAUGAAUUGAGAAAGAUACUUAUUGUUGGAUUACUUCUUAGAAGUUUAUCUAUAAUAAUUAUGAUAAAGGUAAAUAAUAAAAUAAAUAUAUUUUAUUAAAUA